ACGUGUUCAUGCGCUUGUCUCGUUCAUUGUUAAAUUUGUAUCUCGUCGAUUUUCGACUCUAAAGACCAGUUUACGAAGUGAGAGUAAUCAUUGAAGUUGUGUUUUUAGUUCAAGCCAAACUUUCUCACUCGGUGAAAAGUUGUGAUAUAAUUUAGUUAACAUAAUAUAAACUUAUUGAAUUCCUUAUAUAUAUAAAUAAUAGGGAAAUAAGUACAUAAAUAAUAUAAUGAAACUCAUUACAUUUAGUGUGUGUUUUAUAUUGCAAUUAAGUUUAUGUUGGAACAAAGAAAGAUACAAUCCGAUCAAUGACUUCCUAUUACAUGAAGCAGGUGGCCCUGUAACGCCUUUUAAUAAGGACAGUAAUGCCCAGUUUCCAACAUUGAGACCCCCUUCACCAGCUCCUACUCAGUCUACACACAGCUCUACAAGGCCAACACAAAGAACAUCACCAUCAAAUAACAAAAGGGACUAUGUAGCUUCGCAAUUUCCAACUUUAAAACCGAUUACAAGUACAUCGAUGGGAUAUAAUAAGCCCCAAACAGCCAAUCAAACUCCACAGCCUUCAUCAAAAAGAGAUUACGUUGCUCCCCAAUAUCCGACACUGAAACCCACGUCCUCGCCAUCAACGAAACAAACGACAAUUGGUACAACCCAAAAGAUUUCAACACCUCCAAAAAGAGACUAUGUGGCGCCAAGUUUUACAACACCAAAACCUAUGCAGAACAAAAAUGAGCAACCUGGGAAAGUAAAAGAUUUGAUUAAUUUCUAUGACGGUCAUGGUAAGCAAGAUGGUACUACUUUACCCAAAAUGCCAAACUACAGCUCAAUUUUAAAGAACCCAUCUGCCACUCAAGCUCCCACGGCAAAACCAACUCAAGGCUCUCACACGAAUACUCCCACAAAACCCGGAUCCUGGAGUUCAAUAGUAUCUGGUUCCAAAAAUACAAUGUCACAACCGGCGACUACCAACAACAAACUAAAACCGACAGCUCCAACUAGUCUCGCAAAUAAACCAGGUUUAUUACCUAGUGCUAUUUUAAACAACAACAAUAAGCAGGGAUCAACAACUAUAAGUGACGCUGAACUGCAAGUAGUAAGUGAAGAGCUGCUUAAAAAAGAUGUAAACAAUGCAGCCAAAUAUGUAACCAUAAAUUAUCAAGAAAAGACAACGUCCCAGGAAAAGCAAGAUAAGGCGUCAUUACCAUUACUCACUAUAUCACCUGAAGCAUGGAAUAUACCAACAAUAGAGAAACUCGUACCGCUUUUAGAUAACUACGAGAGGAAUACUUUAGUAAAUGAAUAUGUUACGGCUCAGGAAAGAAAUGAAGAAAAUGCAUUUAUGGACGCUAUUAUGUCUACUUCGGUUAUUCGUUACUUAAUGAACUUUUUAAAGGAAAAAGGCUACGUAAGCCAAGAUCCUCGCCAACAAAGAGAUUUUCUAAAGCAAAUGUGGUUUGGAUUAUAUUCGAGAGGAAUGGGAAAGAUCAGUAGUUCCGGAUUUGAACACGUAUUUGUAUCAGAAUUGAAAAAUGAUCAAAUAUUAGGUUUACACAAUUGGAUAUACUUCUCUAAAGAAGAAGCAGCAAAUAGAGCUAAUUAUUUGGGAUAUCUGAAAUAUAUUAGUCUUGGUGACAAAGGCACUAUCAUGAAAAUACACUACGAUCAACAAGGGAUCAUAAAACCAGUAGGAUCAUUGGUCAUUGGAACUUCCCCAGAAUUAGAAAUGGCGCUAUACACUCUUUGUUUUGUUGCACGGGUGGAUGAUGAUUGUAAAUUAAAGCUCGCAAACACCGAAAUAAUCUUUGUUACGUACAAAUUUAGAUAUCGCAGCAAGAACUAUAUAGGAAGUGCUUUUCCUCAAUUAUAAUUCAACAAGUAAAUCAGUCAUGAACUCUGCAUAAUAUAUGUGUAAAAAUAUACUCAUUUUUUAAACGCAUUUUUUAUUCGUUUUGAAUCAUUUCAAUUUAAACCGAGUCAUUAUUCGUUAAAUAAAAAUUAUAUUGUG